CACACACACACACACACACACAGACGCACACACAUAUACAUACACAUGCCGGGCUGGUCAGUGAGAAGAGAGCGAGACACUAAAUGCUCUUUAUUCAGUCUCGAGCGCAUCUCGGAGCUGACAGACCUGCAGAGUGUGUGCGGACAGUCAGUCAGUCAGUCAGUCACUGAGCGCUGAGAGCUCCAGCUUAACUUCACUCCACUGGCUGUUUCCUGCGCUGCAGACACUGUGGACUCUCCGGACUCUAUAACCUGCUACUUUUAUUUGACUUUUCUGAGCUGCACCGGGCUUUUCACACAGGCUCUGGUGUUUUCCUGGUGAUGACCUCAUUGCUGUUUCCUGGCAACGCCCACGCUGCGAUGAAGGACCUGUCUUCCUCCUCCUCUCCUCUCAGCUCCCUGCUCCACUACCCGUCCUCCAAAACCUCCGUUGUGCCGUUCUCCCCGUCCGCCGGCGCUGCCUCCUCGCCCGGGUCAUCGCUAACAUCAGCUCCGCUCUCCAAACCUCAGCCCUUCUGCCUCCAGACAGGGCCGCACCUCAUCGCCAGCAUGCAGCUGCAGAAGCUCAACUCGCACUACCAGAACCUCGCCGGUGCUUCUGCCGGACACCCAGCACCUGGUGGCACUCAAAGGGGCUUUGGUGCUUCUCCUCUGGGCACGGGAAACCAGCUCCUGGGGCCGACUGGAGGCCUUGCUGGAGGUGGGAUGGGUGUGGGGAUCAGCAUGGGGAACCAAAGCUCCGGUGCAGGUGGAAUUAUUGACUUUGACCCCGUGGACGAGGAGGUUCUCAUGUCACUGGUGGUGGAGCUCGGUUUGGACCGAGCCAAUGAGCUGCCCGAGCUUUGGCUGGGUCAGAACGAGUUUGACUUUAUGUCAGAUGUGCCGGCCGGAUGCUGACCUACGGGAAGAAGAACUAUCAAGAUGCAGCGGAAUUGACAGACAAAGAGAGAGAAAACUUUCUCUCCUCUGUUUUGUUGUUCUUUCCUCCCUUUCUUGGUUGAUAAAAUGAGGAAACUGAAGAGACGCUGAGUGCUAAAGAGAAAGAUAUUAGAGGCAUACUCUUGUUUCUAUUUUACUCUCAUAUUCCAUGUGCAGAGAGAUGGAUAAAAGAAAAAGUCAGCUUGCUUUUUUGUUGUUGUUUUUUAAUGCAUAAAGAGAGCAAAGUGUUUUAUGUUCCGUUCGAUCAGUACAUUUUUCUUUUCUAGGAUGAAACUGGUGGUUGAAACCAACCUAAUGGGAUUAAGAACUUUUAUUUUUCCUUUCAUUAAAAGCAUGAGCAGAACAGAAACAAGGACUCUUUCUGCCAUCCCUCCAUCAUGCUGGCUUAUUGAAAACAAGGUGAUUGACGUGUGAUGGGAGACGUUUCUAACCUUCUAACAAAGCAGUAAAACGAUCAACACACCUGUUAGACUUUCUCAGUGCUCUUUUCUCCCGAUCAACGUAAGGAAAAUUAAAAUGGGAAUCAUGACGUUAUGGGAGAUUUGUAAAGGAUGACAAACACUAUGUUUCCUGUUUUCUUUUGGACAAUAUUAGACUCUGGUCUCAUGGGAAAGAGACUCCUGUCUCUUGGCUUCACAAAGAAAGUGAUUGUCUGAAACUGGUUAUCUCAAUGUACUUUUCUUUCUGUCCUUUUUUUCUUUGAAUUAAGUUCAACCAGUCGUAUUCACGGAACAUGUUAUUUAAGACAGUGGCUGAUAUCCAUCAGGACUUUUGGACAAGGAGCGCUUCUGUAACGCGUCUGUAACCGGUUCUACUUUUCUGAGCAUAAUGAAUUAGAUCAAGGGAUGUGGAAUCUUUCGGAGCAUGGGACCUGAAUGGAGUAAAUUGUUUCUUGCUCUGGAGCGCAGCCUCAUUAAAAUGAUUGAGGCCUUUUGGUGGUCAUGUGAGUCGCCACUACAUGUACGUGUUUUGUUUUCUGGCCUACAGUGUAAGAAACUCUGACCCCGGCGGUGUCAAUGAUCCUGAAUAGCACUUCCUCCUACAUGGAGGAUACAAGGUCUGUGUGGACACAACCCGAAUGGCAAGAACAAAUACAUUCAUGUGCCCUUUGCUUUCUUUGUUUUUGCUGUUUCACCACUUUGAUGUUUGUGUCAAAACCGUUUGUUCAGCUCCAACAGACCUUAUUAUUAACAAGCGUCUCUGUCCCUGAUAAGGAAGCAUUGUCUGUUUAGUCAUCAGGCUCAGAGGCUGCUGUUUGCACACUUUGCGGGGCAGCCUUUGAGCUGAACAUGCUCUGUGGUCCAGACUGGUCUCACUCCAACUUAUCAGAUACUGAGGCUUGGUCAGUGGCCCCUGGCAGCAGAUACAGAGGCACCCUUGGUGGUGGUAUGACAUGCGCCGGGCAGAAGCAGUUUAUAAGGAGCAAGAAAGUCCACAUAGGUUGAGUGGGAGGUGAGGUGGAUGGGUCAAACAAACUUGGGACUUUGAGCUGCUUGUGUCCCGUGUGAAACCAAAAGUCAGUCGAGUUAUUUUAAUAACAAUGUAGUGUGCUAGUAUGUGUAGCAUUCCCCGUAAGUGACGUCACAUUAUAUAUGUAUGACAUACGUUAUGUGAUGUUACAUUACAUACAGUAACAACUUAUUUCAAGCCAAACCAUUAUGUUUUCUUCUAAACCUAACCAAAUACUUCUGUUGCCUAAAUCUACAAAGGUAAACCUAAAAGGGGAAGUGUGUUUUAACUAUGUUGUAAGAUUAUUUUGUAAAACACUAUGCAUUUAUCAAGCAGAAACUGAACAUUUCCUGUGAAAACGCAAGUGUAAAUUGACACGCUGUUCUCAAACACCCAAAACGGACGCUGGAGAGGCACCUAGCAUCAUUUUUUAACAUGUAGGGCUCCUGACCAAACGUUGGUAUUUGAUGAGCUGGGAGGGGAACAUGUUGGCCGUGCAGGCUUCGGGAAGGUUGGAGUUGGACCAAAGUAAACUAAACUUUUCAUAAGCUACUACAGCUUAUGGCAAGUGUGGCACAUUUUAUUAUCAUUAACUACCAGCUUCUUACUGAUUCACUGCCUCUUCAAGACAGAGACAAUAUGGAAAACAUCUUCAUGAGCUAGCUGUGUGCCCUCUGGCAGCCAUAUUGGAGGUCCUCGUGCUCUUUGGCUUAAGUUCAACAGUUAUUUGUUCAACUUCUCCAACUGACCACAAUCAGAAGAGUUGUUUUGUAGCCAACAGUCACUAUCUGUUAGACAUUUGACUUUGGUUAGGCCUACUUGUAGAGAGUUAGCAUUAGCUAUGGGUAGCAUCCUGGAAAAACUAGUAGUAGAGUAUUACUUUUUUUUUUUUUUUUUUUUUUUUGAUUUUUCAAAAUUCAGUUUACCUGCUCUCCUUUUUUCCUCCUUAUGCCUGGCCCUAAUACUCUUUCGUACAAUACUAACUGAAGGUCCACUUACAGCUUUUUCCAGAGCUCUCAACUGUGUCAUUUAAAUAAACUUUUAAGCUAACGCGGACGAAUAGUUCUAAAAGUGUUCUAUUUACGGGUGUCAUGAUAUAGGUAUUGACGAUAACAGUGAUAUUUAAAAAUCAAGUCCUGAUAUCAUUUUAAUGAUACAUAAUACAUGAUAUGAUAUAUAUGAUAAAAUAUAUUGUAUACGUAUUCCAGCACCUUAUGUCCUCGCGUUGUCUUCCUCCCCAUACGCCAUCUGGUUGCCUUUUCACUACCUAUUAAGUGUAAUUGCUCUCUUGUACGAUUUUGUACAGAUAUAGUUACAGACUCUCUCCCCACCUCCUUACACUCAUAUUCUGAGUUUAACUCAUUUGCCAAAAACAAAUUUAAAGAUAAAUCUGACUGAUUUUGAACACAUUUUCCCCAAAAAAUGUUCUAUAGCUAUCACGAUAUUAUUUUUUAUCGUUAACUCUUUAGGAUUUGAGGACAUUAGGGGCAUAGCCCAGACCUCUUACAGGGGGUCCGGGGAUCUUCUCCUGCUCUUUUAUACACUCUGAUACUUGAUAUACAUUUAAAGUAGAAAACCUGUUUAUUUUUAUAAAUUAGAAAAUGGACGGAGGGCCACCUGGCGCCCUAUCUGGCCCACAGGCUGUAAGUUGAGUAUCACUGUUUUAUAUCAUAAGCGCUACUGAGCUCACGUAACAAAUCCAUCUCAGUGACAACUGAGCAAACUCCCAUCUUCUCCUGAAGACCAUUUGACACUGUUGAGGCUCAGGGUAAAAAACAUCAUUAAGUGGACCCUUGGGUGGGAUUGUUUUGAAUAAGUGUUUUACAUGUGAUAUAUUGUUUUGACAUAAAAGUUACAUGUGGAACAAUGAAACGAGAUAAAUGUGAUAAAGUCACACCAAUUUUUAUUUUUAUAAGGGAAUUAACAAUCCCCAAAAUCGGUCAAUAUUUUCGAAACCAUCUUCUUGUUGCCCGGCUGAUACACCCCAAUGUUACAUUUCUUAUUAGCAUACCCUCUGUUGGAUCUCCAUGAUGCUGCCAGAUGCUCUUUAACUUUACAGAGUCAAUUCUUCAUCUACCAGGUGUUGUUUCUUGCUGCUGCAGACUUUAAUGGUUAAAAAAAAUCCCCAGGGUUUAAACUGACACCCCUCCACCCCCUUGCCCACCUAUAGGAACUGUACUGUGCUGUUUUCCCCGCUGUAGAUGGAUGCAAGUUAGCACGGGGGCUCUGACCUAUAUAUCUGUUGUGGUAAGAAGAGACGGGGGCUUGAACUGUGCGGUGGGAACAAAGGCCUUUCACCUCAGCCUGGUGUGUCUGUCAUCUGGCCAUUGUGGCUCUCCUCCUGGACCACACACACAUGAAAUAACACACCUGUACAUAUGCGUACAUGCACACAACUCACUGAAACCAAACUAUGUGCGGGAGUACAAAGACACAGAAAUAAACCACAUGCACACACAGGAGCAUGGGGAUGGUGUUACAGCAGGGAAACGGGAGUAGCAGCCAUGAAACAGGCACUUGUUCAGUUACACACGGACUUCACAGGGUAUUGGGGUUGUUGGUGUGUGUGUGUGUGUGUGUGUGUGAAAAGAGAUAGUGAUGUUAGGGGAAACUAUGAGCAGUGGGUAAUCCGUCCACAUGAAGACCACUGGUGGAGGAAAAAACACGCAGGGCAGUGUUAAUUUAUUUAGAUAUAGAAGGAUCAGCUUACACACACUCAGCUCCUCAGCACAAUUUUCCCUGCACACAUACACACGCUGCCUAAUACCAGUUUUUGAUGUCGAUUAGGGUCUCAGUUACAGCCAGUGGACUUCCUUUUCUUUCUUUAAUGAAACACGAGAAGCGGUGAUUAAUGAAAACCCGAUGAUGGACUAAUUUGACAGAGGGAUUUGCAGGAUAUUUCUCUCGUAACAACCACUUUAUUGAAAGAUGUAAAGAUACUUCACAACGAAAUCCAAAAGACAGACACGCUGAUUCUCCUCUUCCUCUGUCUCGUCGCCUAAGUGGGUCAAAAUAACAUUCUUGAAAUGGAAGAGUCUUGUGUUUGUUUCCAUCUGCUUGACGAAGUCCUUUUGUGUGUGUGUGUGUGUGUGUUGUGCUGUGGUCCGGCCUUGAUCCCAGCUGAGUGAAUGUUAUUUUUGCUGUGUGAAGCAGAGGGACGUCCCGCCCCCUCUUCUCCUCCCCUGAGAAGUUGCCUGGUUGAGAUGUUUGAAUCGUCUGAGGGCUUUCAUUUCCUCUUCUCCAUGAUGCCAUCAUAUUGCAGAUUAACCCCGGCAGAGACCUUUUGAACCACAAUAUACCUCAUAGCUGUUUGGUGUCUAAUGAUUCGUCACUACGGUUUCAGUUUGCUUGGAUACCACAUGGGUUUACGUUAGCAACUAAUUACUGCAAAAUCAUCACACUAUUUGAAAUUGGACCUUUAUCUAAUGGACAACACUGUCUGGCUCAAAUGCUAACCUUACUACAGAUCUUGUUUUGUUCAAUACCAUACGUUCAUAGACUGACUUCUUUCUUCGGUUAAUCCAUAGGCUUCAAUGUGCUCCAGUACUCCCAUCAUGCAGAAUCAUAGUCUUGUUUUCUUCGAGUACUAAUGCAGUUGUGCGAUGGGACUGUUUGAUUGGUUGAUGGAAAAUUAAUUACCAACACAUUUCAUAGAUAAAUUAUUUUUGUUUCAAGAAAAAAAAGCCUCUCAAAUGAUUGCGGGGCAGACUAUUUCUUGGCUCAAAGCAGUUGCCAGGUAACCAGCGGUGACUUCAGGAAGUUUCUGCUCCUGCUUUCACAAUUAAUGAAUUGAAAAGACUUCAUUAUCCAGAUUGACAGUAGUUUUUGGAUGCUGAGAUUUUUCCUGAGCUCUGUUUUAAACCUCCACCGCCCCAAACAACAAAUGAAAUGGAUUUACAGUUUCCAUGUGACAGUCAGUGAUUUGCUGCACGCUGGGCCGUUGCCUCUGGGCCUCAGGGUCAUGAAAAAUGUUCACAUCAAGGCCUGUGAAAACCUUGGACAUAAGCAGUGAUAUAUCUGCUAAAAGGCGGCUGUUACAAGGUUCCCUCUCCACGGUAAUGAAAAUGUUCAGCCACUGAUCUGCUGCCAGGUCUGCUUGUGUGUGAAACUGAAGUAGACUUUGCACUGAUUUACUCCUUUUAUUCAUCAUAUUUUACUUUUAAACCUGUAAAGUCUUCAGUUUUUUUUGAUUGUUUCACAUGCAGUUACUUUCCUUGAUUUGUUUUUUCUAAUGAUGAAAUGAAUAUUAUUCAAAGAUGAUUUUUAAAGCACUUUUGCUCACCGGCUCUCACUUGUACAUCUAUAUGAAUAUGUAAAUGACUGAGAUCAUAUUAAAAAAAAAUUGCUUGUAUUUUUGUUACAGCUCUGAGUUUUGGUGGAGAAAUAAAGAAAGUGAAAACGA